AUGAAUGAAUUCUUUAAGAAUCCCAUCAAUCAUGAUAAGACAAUUGAUCUAAAAACAAUUGAUGCAAAAAAGGAUUGCAUCUUUGACGUUGCAUUCGAGUUCAUUCGUAAAAGAAUGUCUGAGAAUACUGAUAUUUUCAGACAAAAAUGUGCGAUUAUGGAUACACCUUUUCAUACAUAUCUUAACAUCCGUUACAAAUUGCACGAAGAGAACAAUGAGCCUUCACAUUGGGACCGUGAUGAUCUUCUACUGCAUUUUGUUGACGGAUCUAAGGAAAAUAUGGUCUCUUGGUCCAAUUUGGAUAGGGUUUAUUUCCCAAUUAAUAUAACUGCUGAUCAUUGGGCUGCUGGUGUGAUAGACCUUCAAGAAAAGAGGAUCAUUUGUUAUGAUUCACUUAUCAAGCACACCAGACAGGAGACAUUUAGUAAUGAAAUGAAAUCCAUUGCAACAUUGAUCCCCAAGAUGCUGAAGCGGGCCAACGUCAUCGACGAUGAAUCUCCAUGGACCAUAGAGCGUCAACCUGAAGUUCCUCAACAACAAAAUGGUUCGGACUGCGGCAUGUUCUGUAUAAAAUUCAUAGAGAUUCUCUCAGCCGAUAAGGACGUGACCAUUUUGAAACCUGAGGACAUGGGAUUUAUUACGAAAAAUUUUACAGUCGAGACAUGGAAAAUGGGCACGAUGAGAAUGUAA